UCAGUCAGGAGUCUGUCUCUAUCUCGCUCACAGAGCAGUGGUUCACUGGCAGCUAUCGCGCGCAUCCGUGCCGGGAUACGAGAGGUCGCUGGGGGGAGGCUCGUCUGUGUUGUAGCCUUAAAUCAGUGCUUUUAUUUGUGAUGCUCGUAUUGUGAAAGUUUGAUGCGUUAUAUUGUUGAUUUGUUGUAUAGGCUUUUAUAUAUGUAUAUUAGUAGUUGUAUGACUAGUUGGGGUUAAUUGGAUGUUCACCCCAUAAUAACGUUAAAUAGGAGUAAAUUAUAUGCUGAAGGUAGCAGGACAACAGUAAAACUCAGGUUGAUUAGUCAUUUAGGUGUAACUGGAAAUUGUGAGACGUUCAUCUUUAUUUAAAACAAAGUCACAGCGCGGAAUUAAACAUGAUGAUGAACAUUGUCGUGGAGUUUUUCGUGGUCAUGCUCCGAGUUCUCUGGGCCAUCGUGAUGGCCGGACUCAAGUGGCUCAUACGGCCGAAGGAGAAGAGCGUAGCGGGACAGGUGUGCGUGAUCACCGGGGCGGGCGGAGAACUCGGGCGGCUCUUCGCCAAGGAGUUCGCCCGUCGCCGGGCUACAUUGGUGCUGUGGGACAUCAACAGCCACAGCAAUGAGGAAACUGCCGAGAUGGUGCGACAGAUCUACAGAGAGCAAGAUGACAACUCUAUGACUAAAGAGGGAGCUGUUGGUGGUGUGGAAGAGGUCCCUCCGUUCCAGCCGCAGGUGUAUACAUACGUGGUUGAUGUGGGCAAGAGGGAGAGCGUGUACUCCACAGCAGAGAAAGUGCGCAGGGAGGUCGGUGAAGUGGAAUUGUUGAUCAACAACGCUGGUGUUGUGUCCGGCCACCACCUGCUGGAGUGCCCUGAUGAGCUGAUCGAGAGGACCAUGGUCGUGAACUGCCAUGCACACUUCUGGACCACCAAGGCAUUUCUUCCCAAGAUGCUAGAGAUGAACCAUGGCCACAUUGUGACAGUUGCCAGUUCACUGGGCCUUUUCAGCACAGCUGGUGUGGAGGAUUACUGCGCUAGCAAGUUCGGUGCCAUUGGCUUCCACGAGUCCCUGAGCCACGAAAUCAAGGCUUCGGAGAAGGACGGUAUCAAGAUGACGCUGGUGUGUCCUUACCUGGUGGACACGGGCAUGUUCCGAGGAUGCAGAAUAAGGAAAGAGAUCGAGCCAUUUCUCCCUCCACUGAGACCAGAGUUCUGUGUGAAACAGGCCAUGAGGGCCAUCCUGACAGACCAGCCCAUGAUCUGCACGCCUCGCAUUGUAUACAUGGUCAACUUUAUGAAAAGCAUUUUGCCCUUCGAAGCAAUCGUGUGCAUGUACCGGUUCCUGGGUGCGGAUAAGUGCAUGUACCCCUUCCUGGCUCAGAGGAAAGAGGCGAUGAACAACAACGAGGCCAAGAACGGGAUCUAGAGGGUGCCGUUUCUAACCCACAAGGGUACAUUUCUAAUCCGCAUGAGGAGAAGACCACUGAGAGGGCAGAGGGAAGUGAAAAGACUGUUUCAACUGGUGCACUUGCAUUUGGCAGAUGCAAAGGUUUACCAUAUUGUUCCUUUGGAACAAAGAAAGCGGUGUACUACACUAAGGAAUUAUUUGUUGAUUUAUGUUGCGUCUUUUUUUUUUUUUUUUUUUAAGGUUUGUUUAAUGAAACCAUCCAUCUAUAUACUGUCAAUAGUUUUGAAAUCAUACAUGAGCUAUUCAGUAAUUAACUAUUUACGUAAUGUAGUCACCAGCAUUAUCUAGCGUCUUUGUGAAACUAUACAGUAUGUUACU